CUCGGGGCACAUGACGGGCCUCAAAUGCAGAUUGUGUGUGUGUGUGUGCGUGUGCAUGUGCGUGUGUAGAUGGUCUGACUGAGUAUGUCUUUGUAUGUGUCUGAAAGAGAGAAACACUCUUGAUUUAGUUCAGAAAUUAAGAAUCUAAAGUUGGAUUAUUAAAUCUAUUAUAGGCCACAAAAAUUUAAUAUUUCCGUCCUAUGGAAUCUGUUUUCAUAUCACAAGACACCCAUGAUGCCUUUCUGGACCUUUCUGGAUUUCUUCUGGACUAUUACUGAACUCCGAGUAGAGAACUGCAGAGACUGACUGUGGUGAACAUAGGAUGGGUUGUGCUUGUAGUGACCAGAAACAUGGCAAAGACUCAAAGAGUAAAGGGCAUGAACAUCAUAAUUCCUCACAUUCUAACGCAUCUCAUUUGUCAAGAGAUCACAGGAAGCAAAGCAACAAUCAAGAUGAAGACAUUGUUAUCGCUCAAUAUGACUUCCAGCCUGCUAGUGAUACUGAUCUUCAAUUCAAAAAAGGGGACAGACUCAAGAUUAUUAAGGAGACUGGUGAAUGGUGGUUGGCGAAGUCCUUGGCCACAGGUUAUGAGGGAUAUAUUCCAAGUUCAUUCGUGGCAAGAGCACAAACAUUGGAGGUGGAGAGAUGGUUUUUCAAGGACAUGAGUCGCAGAGACACAGAGCGUCUUCUGUUAGCGCCAGGAAACAAACCUGGUGCAUUUCUUGUGCGAGAAAGUGAAACAACCAAAGGUGCUUUCUCUCUGUCUUUAAGAGACUCCACCCCAGAGCAAAGUGAUGUGGUCAAGCACUAUAAGAUCCGAGCCCUUGAUAAUGGUGGCUACUACAUCUCUCCCUCCAUGACCUUUUCUUCUCUUCAAGAUCUAGUGAAGUAUUACUCCAGGUCAGCGGAUGGUUUGUGCCAGAGGCUGGGAAGUCCCUGUAAAACCGCUGACCCUCAGAGACCCUGGGCUCAAGAUGAGUGGGAGAUUCCCAGAGAUACUCUGAAGAUGGUGAAUAAACUUGGUGCCGGCCAGUUUGGAGAAGUGUGGAUGGGGUUUUACAAAAACAACCAGAAAGUCGCCAUCAAGACUAUGAAGGAAGGCACCAUGGAGCCAGAGGCCUUCCUACAGGAGGCGAAUCUGAUGAAGCAGCUCCAGCACGAGAGACUGGUCAAAUUGCACGCUGUAGUGACCAAGGAGCCCAUCUUCAUUGUCACAGAAUACAUGGCUAAUGGAAGCUUGUUAGACUUUCUGAAGACAGAUGAUGGCCAUAAAUUAAAACUUCCCAAGCUGAUUGAUAUGGCUGCUCAAAUUGCAGAAGGCAUGGCUUACAUCGAGAGGAAAAACUACAUUCACAGAGAUCUGCGUGCCGCUAAUAUUCUCGUCUCUGAGACCCUGCACUGUAAAAUAGCAGACUUUGGCCUUGCCAGGAUCAUAGAAACUGAAUACACUGCACAAGAAGGUGCGAAGUUCCCUAUUAAGUGGACGGCCCCUGAGGCCAUCAACUUUGGUACUUUCACCAUCAAGUCUGACGUCUGGUCCUUUGGAGUUCUUUUGACAGAGAUUGUCACAUAUGGCAGAGUACCGUAUCCAGGUAUGACGAAUCCGGAGGUGAUCCGUAACCUUGACAAGAGCUACAGAAUGCCGUGUCCCGAUGGAUGUCCAGAAGAGCUCUAUGACAUCAUGCUGAAUUGCUGGAAGGAAAGGCCUGAGGAAAGGCCCACUUUUGACCACCUACAGGACACACUCAAUGACUUUUUCAUUGCUACUGAGGGCCAGUACGAGAUGCAACCAUAGCCUCCAUUCUGAAAUAUGAAUGGAUAGAUGAACUGAAAAGGCGAUAAUAGAAAAUGGGGUACAAAAAACACA